GCCGACAUUCCCAAACGGGCGUGCUGGGUUCCUCUAAGUCCUCCCCCCAAACCCUGCCCCCUCUCCCCGGCCAGCCAAGCAGGGAAAGUGCUCUUCUGGGGCUGCAGAGCCGCCCUCCUCUCCUGCCCCCAGGAACUGGGACCCUUAAGGGAAGGGUGGAGAGAAAGAAGGUUCGGGAAGAUCUCGGGGCUGGCUAGUUUUGGAGACGCCGAUAACCAUCCCCCACCCCCCACCCCCAGGUUGGUCCCGGGAGGGGCGGCCUCUCUCCGCCCCCGGGCGGCGCGGCCGGCUCCCUCCUCCCGCGGGCAGGAGCCCCGGCCAAGUGGGCGCGCCUGCCGGGGGCCGGGAUCCGGUGUCUGCUGCAGCUGGCAGUGCGGCGGGCGCGGAGCUGACGGCCGGCGGGGCCGCCUAUUAAUAACGCGGCCACCCAGCUCGGGGUCGCGCAACCAUGGCCAGCCCGGAGCCCCGGCGUGGCGGGAACGGCACCGCCCAGGCCGCGAGGAAAACAAGAGCAGAGGCCAGUUCUCCUGCUCAAGAGGAGGAGCACUCUGAAUCCCUGGAUGAGGCGGGGACCUUGAAUCCAGAAACCACUCUGUCUUUGGAGGGGACCUGGAACGUAGAGGACAUUCUCUUUCUGGGGGACCCAGGUGGUUUUGAUGACACACUGUAUGUGGAAGAGACUGAGAAUCCCGAGGAGAUGCUGUAUAUUGAGGAGACAGGGCAGCCAGAUAAGACCCUGUACGUGGAGGAGGCUGUGACGCCAGAGGAGACGAGGCACGUGGAGGAGGCUGUGACGCCAGAGGAGACGCGGCACGUGGAGGAGGCUGUGACGCCUGAGGAGACGCGGCACGUGGAGGAGGCUGUGACGCCGGAGGAGACGCGGCACGUGGAGGAGGCUGUGACACCGGAGGAGAUGCGGCACGUGGAGGAGGCUGUGACGCCGGAGGAGACCACAAGCCCAGAGCAGGUGGUUUGUGGGGGAGAGAUGGUCAUGAGCGAGGAGAAACCUAACCCUGAGGAGAGCCUCAGAGCUGCUCCUAGUCCCAGCACAGAGGAGAGCCUGAGCAUAGAAGACCUGGAAUUGCUUGAGGGGCGUUUUCAGGAAUGUGUCCAAGCUGUGGCCCAGCUGGAAGAGGAGAGGGAUCAGCUCAUCCAUGAGCUUGUGUUGCUCAGGGAACCAGCUCUACAGGAGGUGCAACAAGUCCAUCAGGACAUCCAAGCUGCCUACAAACUGCAUGCCCAGGCAGAGCUGGAGAGGGACGGGCUAAGGGAGGAGAUCCGGCUGGUCAAGCAGAAGCUGUUCAAGGUGACGAAGGAAUGUGUGGCCUACCAAUAUCAGCUGGAGUGCCGCCGGCAGGACGUGGCCCAAUUUGCUGAUUUCAGGGAAGUGCUGACUGCUCGGGCAGCCCAGCUCUCGGAGGAAGUAGCCCAGAUCCGGGAUGCCUAUCAGAAGCACAAGGAGCAGUUACGGCAACAACUAGAAGCGCCUCCAAGCCAGAGGGACGGACACUUCCUGCAGGAGAGCCGGCGGCUUUCUGCUCAGUUUGAGAACCUCAUGGCAGAGAGCCGCCAGGGCCUGGAGGAAGAGUAUGAGCCCCAGCUGCUGCGACUCCUAGAGAGGAAAGAAGCCGCAGCUAAAGCUCUACAGAAAACCCAGGCCGAGAUCCAGGAGAUGAAGGAGGCUCUGAGACCCCUGCAAGCAGAGGCCCGGCAGCUCCACCUGCAAAACAGGAACCUGGAGGACCAGCUCACACUUGUGAAGCAAAAACGAGACGAGGAAGUGCAGCAGUACAGGGAACAGCUGGAGGAAAUGGAAGAACGACAGAGGCAGUUAAGAAGUGGGGUGCAACUCCAGCAACGGAAGAACAAAGAGAUGGAGCAGCUAAGGAUCAGCCUUGCUAAAGAGCUCUCCACUUAUAAGGCUAUGCAAUCCAAAAACCUGGAACAGGCUAACGCUCCCACUUCUCAGGCAGGUGGAAUCGAGACACAGUCCCAAGGUGAUCCUUGUGGGUACAAAAGUGUGUUUGCGUUGUUGUUUUCUUAACAAUACUAAUGCCUUAAAAGAAUUUAAAUGUGUGUCUAAUGACAAGUAAGUCAUUUAGGGAUAACAGAUACCUCCAAAUCGCCUGGUUCAAGUAUUCAGGGUUCAUUUGGAAUGUUUCAGUUUCUGGUAGGAAUCAAAACAUGCCCUAAUUAUCAUCAGGAAUUCUGUAACGGGAUAAAACAUCUAUCUAGGCUCUGUGCAUUCUUACUUUCCUCCCCCUAUUUUACCCCAUCUGCUAUUCAGUUUCCUUAGAAUAGCAGACAGUAGUUAUGCUACCUAAUUCAGACUAUGACCUAAAGGGGCAAAAGAAGGCUAAAUUAAUCUGUAACAGUAAUACAAAAAAAGCUGAAGAGGGUGUUAUUUAUAGGCUGAGGGACAAGGUUAUUGCUUAAGAUGUGAAAACAAGCAACACACCUGUCCAUUGAUUUCUUUAUAUACCAGUAUGUUCUUAUAUUCAAGUUCUAGAUUCUCUUGGAUAAAGAAAUUAAAGCUAGAGAAGGUCUCUGUCAAGUUGUAUGCUAGCCAGACGCCCAUAAAUUUUAUUCUUAAUUUCCUAAUCUUACAUCUUGGACACAAAAUCACAAAUAACUACUAUAACUGAUGCUAUUUCUAACUCACUAGGACUGGACUGUGUUUUUAUCCAGGCAUAACUGAUUACGCUGAUUGGGAGAUUACUAGAACCUUGUAAUUGAGGAAAAUGAUCUGCUAAACACCUCUGCAUGGAUCAGAUUAAAAGUACAAUAGGGAAAAGGCAAUGAUUCAAAGAAACCAAGCUACUGAAUUUCAGGCAUUGUAAUACCUUUGUAAACUUAACCUGGACAGAGAAAAUUUUAGCUAACCCCUCCCCAUCAUCACAUCACUUACCAUUGUUUUACAAAUAGGAGGCACCCAAACAUGCUAGGGGAUCAUGUGUAAAUCAGUCUAGCAAUCCCUCCGACAAAGCCCGCACUAAACUUCAGAAUUUCACUGUUAUAAACAUUAUACUGUAUUAUUUCAAGUUGAAGAAAGUAUAAACAAUUCUUUUUUCUCUCAACCUUACAGGGGCUGUUUAGAAACAUAUGGCCGAAUCUGUAACCCAGAAACCACCAAAAAAACUUCUUAGCCAAGGAUCACCAAGUACCCUUUGGACACACUUUUUUUCCAGAGAAGGGAGUGCCAGGGACUUGGCAAGCAAUUCAUCUUGGGAAAGUUACAAAUACUGGCUGACCUGUUUAAAAAGAUUCUAGGGCUGGCUGGAGGCAGAACACCAUCGGUCAGCUCUUAGCGGGAUUGUAUUUCAGACUGCUGGUACUGAUUUCAACAAACAGAGGAACAGAAAAAUGAGCCUCCUAUCCUCCAGCGGCAACCCUCACAUGCAGUUAAGGAUGAAUGUAUGGACACACCUUGAAGUGAUGUGAAGAAUGUAUCUUGCCGUGUGUUGACCUAAACCAAAAACACUUUUUGGAGCACAGGUGGGGUAAAAAAGGCAGCCAAUUUUCAUUUAAAUGGGUUUACAAUUUGAAUUCUUUUGUGAAAUGAGUGUUGGACUUUAAAUGAAUCCUUUUACAAAGUUUGCUUUUCUUGAAAUCUAUGCUCAUAGUUUACUCUUGUAUCAAGAUAAUUUUCACUAUACUCUAAAAGGAACCCAUCCAGAGUUGAACCUAGCGAUUAAGGAUACUGCUUUCCCUGAAGAUCAUACCUUAUGAAAAUGAUUUUGGGUCAGUAUGAUCUACUCAGUUAAACUGAGUGAUUGGCAAAGAACCGGGCAGUUUACCUGGUUAUGGCACUUGGUACACAGGCUUUCAAGUGCCUAUUAUGUCUAACUUCUAAGUAUAGGCCCCAGUGAAAAACAUACUGGAGAGAUUUAAACUCUUUGAGAAAAGGUUCAAACACCUUUUCCAAAUUUAAAUUUUGCCUUAAAAUCUGCCACAUUGCCUUUGACAUUCUUGCAAGUCCAUGUAUUACAGUUCUCUAGGGACAGACUUCAAAAGGAUGUUAUUUUAUCAAAGAUUAAUCUGUGCACCUCUGAUUCCGUGUUUUGUCUUUUACUUUCCCUGGAAAGGAGUAAAGCUCUUUUCUAUAGCUCUGGGUCUAUUAUAUUUAAAUCUGUUCUUGAUAGUCAGAGACUACAGAAAAUAACUGUCAUCCAAAGAAUUCUAGAAGCCAGACUGGUGUUUGAUUGAUAUUAUAUACUAAAUAAAACCCAUCAGCAUGGGGUUAUGUAGAAAAGCAAUUUAUUCCAUUAUAAGCACUUACACAGUUAGUCAUGGAGAGUAACAGGCCUGCUGGUGAACAGGUCACCCAAAAUAGAGAUGGUAUCAAACUAGUGGUCAAGGACUAACUCCUAAAAAAAAAAAAAAAA